AUGGCCAGGCGAACCGUUUCCCCCACGAGCGUCAAGGCGACGGUGCCCGAGGCCUUUGCUGUGCUGCGACAGAGGAUGAGGGUGGCAGAGGAACAGGCCAGCGCUCUGGCGAGAGACCUGGAGGCACUUGGUGUUCCCGGGCAGAGCCUUGAUCUUUUCCACUCCAAGACCCUAGAGACACCUGCUAGCUACACAGCCAUCAGGCCUGUGCAGGCCAGGGUGGCAUUUGCGGGAGAAAAUACACUGUGGAAAAACUGUGAAUCGAUGGUCAGUCGAAUGUGUCGGUUAGAGAGUGUUGUGCAGACACUGAAAUUAAACAUCUUCCACUUGCAGAUGGAAAAGGAGCGGAAUCCCAAACAUGCAGCCCAGUUGGAGCAACGGCUGAAUGCAGUGCAGGAGGAACAUUUGCAGGAAAUGAAGGUUGUACAGCAAGAGGCAGUGAAAUUACGCCAGCAACUAAGUGAUAUGAAAGAGGCCAAGGAGAAGGCCAAAGGAGAUCUUCAAAGACUAAGUGCUGCUCUGGAGAUUAACACUGCAGCAAAGCUAAUGGAACAGCUGUCCCAGGAGAUCAGCCUGCGGGAAUCUUUGGAGGAAUCCCAAGCAACCAUGAUGUGUCAUGUGCAGGACAUGGAAACAACAGUAGAAGCAGAACGGAAGCAGGUGCAGCUAUUGCAGCAGGACUGCCAGGAGUUGCAUAAAGAUGUCCAGCUAGCCCGAGAGAGGCUGCAGGAAGAGGAGGGGAAAACCGAGCAACUGGAGCAGCAGUGCACACAACUGAAGGCUGAGCUGG